AUGUCUUUGAGUUAUGCUGCAUUAGUCACCCAAAACAUCAUCAGGAGAAAUACGCACUCAGAUUCAAGAAAUGCACCAAGAACAAGAGGAUGCUAUCGCUGUGGUAGAGAAGGACAUUAUCUCCAGGAAUGCCUCGAAAAUGUACCACCAGUAUCAGUAGCACCUAUGGCCAAAAAUCCUGUAUCAAAUGUUUAUUAUUGUAAAUGGCAAUCGGAAGAGAAGAACGGUAUGGAUGCUUACAUUGCAGGAGGCACUACACCUGCAAAAAGAGGAAGACCCAAGUACAAACCUGAAAGUAGUUCGGGUGAAUCGAGUCAUGUACUUAAAAUCAGAAGGGCUGUUAAUCUGAUCGAACCGAUGGAAAUAAGUAUCCAACUCAUGGAAAAGGAG